UACAAAAUGGCAACCCUUAAGGAAAAACUCAUCGCCCCAGUUGCGGAGGAGGAGGCUGGGGUGCCAAACAACAAGAUCACUGUAGUGGGCGUCGGGCAGGUCGGCAUGGCGUGUGCCAUCAGCAUUCUGGGAAAGUCGCUGGCUGACGAGCUUGCCCUUGUGGAUGUUUUGGAAGAUAAACUCAAAGGAGAAAUGAUGGAUCUGCAGCAUGGAAGCUUGUUUCUUCAGACAUCUAAAAUUGUGGCGGAUAAAGAUUACUCUGUAACUGCCCACUCGAAGAUUGUGGUGGUGACUGCUGGAGUCCGUCAGCAGGAAGGGGAGAGUCGUCUCAACCUGGUGCAGAGAAACGUCAAUGUGUUCAAGUUCAUUAUUCCUCAGAUCGUCAAGUACAGCCCCGACUGCAUCAUCAUUGUGGUCUCCAACCCAGUGGACAUUCUGACAUACGUUACCUGGAAACUAAGUGGGUUGCCCAAGCACCGUGUGAUUGGAAGCGGAUGCAAUCUGGAUUCGGCCAGAUUUCGCUACCUCAUGGCUGAGAAGCUCGGCAUUCACCCCAGCAGCUGCCACGGGUGGAUUCUCGGGGAGCAUGGAGACUCGAGCGUGGCCGUGUGGAGUGGAGUGAACGUAGCAGGCGUUUCCCUCCAGGAGCUCAAUCCGGAAAUGGGCACCGACAACGACAGCGAGAACUGGAAGGAGGUGCACAAGAUGGUGGUGGAAAGUGCCUACGAAGUCAUCAAGCUAAAAGGUUACACCAACUGGGCCAUUGGCCUAAGUGUGGCUGAUCUUAUUGAGUCCAUCUUGAAGAAUCUGUCCAGGAUUCAUCCAGUGUCAACCAUGGUGAAGGGCAUGUACGGCAUUGAGAACGAGGUCUUCCUGAGCCUCCCCUGCAUCCUGAACACGCGGGGAUUAACCAGCGUUAUCAACCAGAAGCUGAAGGAUGAAGAGGUUGCUCAGCUCAAGAAGAGUGCAGAUACCCUGUGGGACAUCCAGAAGGACCUCAAAGACCUGUGACUGCUGUGCUCGAGGCUGUAGAAGUUUAAAAACUACCCUGUGAGUGAUCCUGAGCCUUUAGCUGUCAUCUACACCGCAGGUCACAGUUUGCUUCUUCCUUACUAUCUGAUAGGAGCUCACAGCAUCAAAGCCCUGGCUUGGAUUAAUGCUUGCGAUAUGAGUUCUUGAACAAAUAAAAUUAACUAUUGCAGUGUG